GAGAUUUUGCCUUAGAUGCGUUUGUUUUUAUUAUUGCGUUAGACAAACUGAAAUACCAACCUAAUGAAAAUCAGUGAUCGGUAUUUCAAUUCGUGUAACACCAUCUUCCAUAAAAUGCUAGUUUCAAGGAAACUGAACGAUUCAUUCAAGUAGACUGUACAGACACGUAAAAGUUCGACGUAAACAAAAUGUUAUCGAAAACGAACGUUACAUUACCGGAUGUUCCACUACCACUUUCCUUGCUCAUAAUCGCAUUAUUGUCUUUGUGUUUUGCUAAUAGUUACAAUGGUGAAUUUGUAUUCGAUGAUUCUGAAGCUAUUGUAAACAAUGAAGAUGUACAAACAACUCCUCUCUGGGAUCUAUUUAAAAAUGAUUUUUGGGGAACUAAACUAACUUACAAGCAAAGUCACAAAUCAUACAGACCAUUUACAAUUCUGUCUUUUAGAUUACACUUCUGGCUUCGUGAAAUUUUAGUAGCUCAAGAUUAUCAUAUAGUAAAUAUUAUUCUACAUACGAUAGUGUGUUUGUUGUUGUUGCCUGUAUUUAAUAUAAUAUUGGGCUCAAAAGGAAAAAACAUUGCAGUUUAUGCUACUGUAUUAUUUGCUGUUCACCCAGUGCAUACAGAAGCUGUUUCAGGUAUAGUAGGUAGAGCUGAAUUGCUAUGUGCUCUAUUCAUGUGGCUAUCUAUUUUGCUGUACAACUAUUCAAUCUUUGCAAAGAGAUUAUUAUACAGAUGGUGUAGUAUGUGUGGUUGCAUUACAGCCAUAGCAAUUUCAAUGCUAUGCAAGGAAACUGGAAUUACAGCAAUUGGUAUUUGCAGUGUAUAUGAUCUUGUAGUAGUAAAUAAAGUAUUACCAUCCAAUGUGGUCACAUUUAUGGCAAUUAAACCUUCUUAUACAGAAAUAAAGAACAUUAUUGAGCGGAAACAAAAAUUAUUGAUCAGGCUCUUUAUACUUUUUGUAUCUGGUUUGAUACUCAUAGUUUCAAGAUUCAGUGUUAUGGGAUUUAAAACUCCUACUUUUCAGCAUAUUGAUAAUCCGGCAUCAUUCAUAGACAACAUGUUUUUACGAAUGCUGAAUUACAGUUACAUUUACUGUCUAAAUGCAUGGCUAUUGAUAUGUCCUGAAUGGUUGUGUUUUGACUGGUCUAUGGGUUGUGUACCUUUAAUCACUACAUAUGAUAAAAGAAUAUUUUUUGUUCUUAUUUUUUGGCUGAUAAUUGGCAUACUGUUUACAUACACUUUCAAUCAGCACGAAGAAAAGUUUGUAAGAUUUACGAUUAUGGGACUGGCAAUAUUAGUCUUUCCGUUUCUGCCAGCUAGUAAUAUCUUUUUCAAUGUUGGUUUUGUGUUAGCUGAGAGAACCUUGUACAUUCCUUCUGCCGGUUAUUGUCUUUUAUUUGUUAUUGGAUUACAUAAAAUUUGUAAUCGUAUUUCUAUCCAGUAUGCGCUAUUAGCAUACACAAUUUUAAUUUCGUUAUUCUUCGUGAGAUCGUGGAUACGAAGUGACCAGUGGAGAAACGAAACAUCGCUUUUCAGAUCAGCAUUACAUGUUUGUCCAUUAAACGCUAAAGUUCAUUACAAUAUUGCCAAAAAUGCUGCUGAUGCCGGGAAUUCUACAUUGGCACAGUACGCGUACGAAGAAGCUUUAAGAUUAAAUCCCCAAUAUGCACAAGCUAUGAACAACCUCGGUAAUUUGCUCAAAGAUCAAGGAAAAUAUUUAGAAGCAGAAACGUUGUUUAAACGGGCUAUAGAGCUGCAGGAAGACUUUGCUACAGCAUGGAUGAAUUUAGGUAUCGUCCUGUCGACUCUAAAGAAGUAUGAGGAAUCUGAACAAAGUUAUUUAACGGCCCUAUCUCAUAGAACCAAAUAUCCCGAUUGCUUCUAUAAUUUAGGCGUGCUGUAUUUGGAAAAAAAAAAUUAUGAUAAAGCAUUAAAAGCUUGGGAAUCUGCUACCAGACAGAGGAAAACUCACAGAAGAGCAUGGACGAACAUGAUAUUACUACUUGAUGAUUUAGGUAUGCGCGAAGACGCACUAAAUGUAGCAAUUCAAGCUUUACAAUUUUUACCGGACGAUGCCUCUAUUCAUUUUAAUAUUGCAAAUAUAUUAGGCAAAGCUGGAAACUUUGUAGAAGCGGAAGUGCACUUUAAAAAUGCAAUAUCGAAAAAUCCUACAGACUCUAUGUUUUACACAAAUUUAGGUGUAUUGUACCACCGAUGGAAUAAACUUAACGAAGCGGAACAUAUGUACAAGAAAGCGUUAGAAAUUAAACCAGAACUUCAUAGUGCAAGAGAUAACUUGAGAAAAUUGUAUUCUCUGAAGUCAUCAAUAAAAUAA